AUGGACGCCCAGCUGGUCUGCAACUUGGUCAAGUGCCGCAAGAAGCUCACCGCAAUCGCCUGGGUCACCUCGUGCUCUCACGUGUUCUGCGAAGAGGACGUCUCCGGAGAGUUGGCCAGCCGCUGCGUUUGCCCCGCCUGUGACACUCCCCUGCCGGGCAAGUUCGACCUAGUCCGCGUUGACCUCGAACCCACGGAGCAAUACAGAUCGAUGGUGCUGGCGGGACAGAGGCCGGAAACCAUCGUGGACGUGUGUUCGCGGGCCCUGGGUUUCUGGUCUUACCAGGUGGCGCAGCAGUUGGGGCAGCAGGAGGCGUCCCUGGAGCGGAGUCGCCGCAAGAUUGCCCAGCUGGAGGCCGCCCUGACCAGACAGGCCCACGACUGCAACUCGCUGCGGCAGCAGCUCGAAGGGGUCCUCCGGGAGCGCUGGGAGCUGUUCAGGCGCGUCGCCGACCUGGGCGAGCAGCUGAUGGACCGCCAGAGGCUCCAGGCGCAGCGGGCCGUGGACCCCGGGCUGCAACCGGCCGUACCGAGGCCGGAGCUGUACCGGCAGCACCUCGACACGCGUGUGCCCGGAGAGCUGGACCUACUCUUCGGUCAGACUCAAGGCGGCGUUUUUUCACGCCCGGCUCAAACGGACCCACGGACCAGCCACAUGUGACCAAGACCGGGGCCAGUUUGCUAGAAUCGGCGUCUCAGCUCAGAGUGUGUGAAAGAAAGCACUGCCAAAGCUAG